CUCUCUCUUUCUUUCUUUCUCUCUUUCUCUCUCUCUCUCUCUCUCUUUCUUUAUCCUUUUCUCCUUCCUCACUCUCACUCUCUCUUUCUCUCUUUCACUCCUUCUUUCGCUCUCAUACUUCACGUACACACCCAUUCCUUAUACACACUCUCUCUUUCUUUUCUUUCCUCUGGACAUUUUUCAGACACGCGCACACUUCUCUUCUACCCUGCUACUCUUCUUCCCUUUCCUUUUCAAGCAAAUAAAAGACUGUAACAAACCCUGUCUUCUUCCUUCCUUCCUUCACACACACACACACACAUAUAUAUUUAUACAAUUCUUUCCACAAUGCCUUCUCUUGCAGAAUCAAAGACAUUCUCAAAUCGGGCACUAGAACGGCUCUUUCGUAGUCCAGUCACCCAACAAAUGAUCGAUCACAUUGCCAACUUCGCAAGCACAGUUAUUGAAUGCAGCCCACCACCUCCAUCUCCCUCUACCGAUGUCUACACCAGUUCUCUCUCACCACCAGUCACUCCACGCCGUAACAGCAGUCCCAACAAUAGCGAUUCGACCGCAGUAGUCGUACCGCCAUUGAAUGAAUUCAUCCGUAUUUUGGUCAUCAACUCGAACGUGCAGGCAUCAACAUUGUUGCCAACUUUGGUAUAUCUCGAGCGUCUCAAGUACAAGCUCCCUGUAGCAGCAAAGGGUAUGCAUUGCACUUGUCAUCGUGUCUUCUUGGCAAGCUUGAUCGUGGCAGCCAAGUACCUGAACGACCAAUCACCAAAGAACAAGCAUUGGUCGACACAUUCUGCUGUCUUUUCCGUUGGAGAGGUCAAUCUGAUGGAGAAGCAAUUGCUUUCUCUUCUUGAUUUUGACCUUCGUAUCACGGAGGCUGACUUGGCAUCUAGCCUGCAUGAUUUUUUACAGCAACAACAAAAGUCAAACAUCUCCGCGGUGUUUGGCCCAUCGUCAGAUCUAUCCAAUCAGAAGAAUGGUCGCUAUGCCUUACCAACGGCCAUCUCCACCAGUACCGCUCAGAAGGUCCCCUCCUCGUCCCUCAUCACUCCCUCAACUCCUUCUCCCCGAAAUAGCUUUGUGCCACACUCAUUGCCCCAACAAUGCUCCAACAAGCGUGGAUCUGUCGGUGCAUCCAAAUCAACUCCAGUUAACAUUCAGCAGAGCCGAUCACAAUUGCACAUGUUGCAGCAGCAACCGCAUGAUGCCUUCCGGAGACGACCUUCUCUGCCGAACCAGCCAAGUCUUGAAGAUGAUGAGGUCCUUCCUGUAUACAAGCGCCCUCUUCGAAGCCAUCAAAGCCACCAAAGCCAUUACCCUUCUCCCGAUAGCGGUUCGGAAGUGCUCCUCCAUACAAGUUCCGCCUCUGGUACGACUCAGUCGAUCCGGGAUGAGGACAUGACCACCUCUUCAUUCUCCUCACCCGAGUCCACACAUGGCAGUGUAGCACCACCACCAGCAAAGAGGGCCUCCUGGGGUUCAGGCGCACCCUAUGGCCGCCACUCGAUGCCUCCUCCAACAGUAUCGCUCGCCUUUGCAAGCCAAGAGCACGUCCACCCCCACCAUUCCUUCAACCUGGCUCAUCAUCAUGCUCACCCCCAUGCUCAACCAUACCAUGCUCAUCACGCUCAUCAUCCUCACCAUCAUAAAGUGGUCGGCCACAACGGAGGCUGGACUGGUCCUUCUAGCCGAGCCAUGUGCUAAAAUAACAACAAC